AUGCUCAUCCCAUUGUUUCACACCCAGUCCCUGCCAGCCCUGCACCUCACAAAUCCGUUGGCUAGAAUGGCCCCUGUAACCUCGCCCCCCAUUGACUUCCGCUCUCAGACCAUUGAGAACUGUCGCUUCCUCUCCCGGCCGAAUGUCGAGUUCACGAUCAUCACGACCAGGGAGCCUCUAGGGGCUAUUAAAGCCAUUGCCCUGCAGGCCGAGGGUAGGAAGCGGGAGGCCUUCCUGUCAGGGACCGGGACGACGUUCCUCGAAGCUCUGGAUGAUCUCCAUUCUAAGUCGGCAGAUGCCGCCCAGAACUAUAUCAGCCUGAACGGCUUGGACUUCGCCCCGGACCUCAAGAAACGCGACUCUGACCUCUCGGACGGCGAAUCCGUUCACUCGGGCUCUGCUUCGUCCACGCUUACUGUCUCCGACGGUGACUCCUCCGACGACUGCGAAAGCUCGUCGGAUAACGAGACGGUCUCGAUCGUCUGGGGCCAUGGCAACGAGAAAGCUAAACAGAAGCGCGGAAAGGCCAAGAAACGCGAGGCACGCAGCAAGACAACGAGAGCGAGACAAUCUCGCUCACGAUCAAGCUCUCGACCCCGCGGCUUCUCGACCUCAGUUAGAAUCGACGACGAUGACGACGCCCCUCGACGACCAUUCCCCCCCCAGAUGAGGGCGGGCCCAAGCCCCCCAAGGGUCAUCCCCGGCCAGAUGCGAGGUGGUUGGCCUCCACCGCCACCGCCACCACCAGGCUGGCCCGGCCGUGUUUCUGGCCCCCCGGAGACGCUGGGUACCGUAAGGCCUCUCGAUGUUAUACGGGCACCCAACCAACCACCGCCGCCGCCCCACCCGAGCGUCGUAAAGCCAGGGUUAAUAGGCAUGCGCCAUCCUCCUCCUGCCCCCCAGCAGCAGCAGCAGCAUCCGACAGGGGCGCCCGGCCUGUCGUCGCAGCAGCAGCUGCACAACGUGCGGCUGCACAUCAAGUGGCCGGGCCACGGCGAGCAGCGGGUGAUUGACCAGACGCGGCCCAGCCUCGCGGCGAUCCGGACGGCGGCGGUCAACUACGUGCGCGGCAACCCGCACGCGUUCGCGGGCGUCACCACCUUCGAGGCCGUGCCCUCGCGCCUGUGUCUGCUGCGCGCCACGGUGCGCCGCGCCGCCGUCGACGGCGACGACUACGACAUGACCGCGUACACCGGCGACGACCUGCGCGGGCUCAUCGAGCACGCCUCGCGGAGCGGGAUCCCCAGGUUCGAGGUCGAGCUUGGCAUGCCGAGUCCCUAG